GUGACGCGAUUCUUCGCAGCUGUCUCAACUUUCGUAGCAGCGAUGCCAACCUAACAGACACGUGCUUAAUAUCAUAACCUCAUACCAUAAACCUGUCACAGAACUUAUCAAAAUAUAAAUUUAGUAUUUCGAAAACAAAUAACAAAUUUUUAUUCGUAUUUAUGUCUCUCGGAUUUCUAUCUCUGCGUGUUAUUUCUGCACAACAGAUUAAUGUUUUUCAUAGACAAAAUUUUCAUUGAUAAAUUUUAGAUUAUCGGUAAAGGUAUAUCACGGAAUGCGAAAAUAAUGACCGAACGGGAGGAACCUAUCGUCUGCGUGCCCGGCCAAAGAUUGUGCGUAGCCGAUAAAAACAAUGUAGCCGGAGCCGGGACGUACGAGCAGCAGGGCUACAUCUAUUCGAAGCUCGCCGGCACCGUGAAAUUAGUGACAAACGACAAAAUUCGUACGGUGGAGGUACACGGUGUAACGGAGCAGAGCAUCGUUCCUGCGCCAGGAGACGUCGUGACAGCCAUGAUCACUGUGGUCAAUCAGAGAUUUUGCAAAUGCAGCAUCAAGUGCGUGGGUGACAUAGUACUGACGAGACCUUACAAAGGAAUACUGAGGAAGGAGGACGUGCGAUCGAUUGACAAGGACAAAAUGGAGAUGUACAAGUGCUAUCGGCCUGGCGACAUUAUUCUCGCGAGAGUUAUGCCAAUGACGGAGAUACACACCUACCAAUUGAGCACCGCGGAAAACGAGCUGGGAGUAGUUAUAGCUCACAGCGACGAAGAAAUUCGGCAGAUGAUGCACGGCUUUGGCGACAGCAGCGAACCGUUGUUUGAAUCCGCAAAGAUCAUAGAGGACGUCGUGCUGCAGCAGAUGAAAGCAAUUGUCAGAAGGGCUUGCGAAAUCGCGGACAGACGAGCCGGUUCGAAGAGGAGCAAUGUCAUCAACGGAGAGGACCUUCUCUUUCUGCUGCGUAAAGACAAGGCCAAGCUUCAACGCAUUGUGAGAUAUCUUGAACUCAAAGAAUUAGGAUGCUCGGUACAGAAACUCAUGGUCGCCGAUACGCCGCAAAAUAUAACGGAUCCCGAACAGGUGGAUGGUGCCAAAAAGAAACCGUUCCAGAAUUUUCUGGAACAGAUUGACAACACGGGUGAACUUAUGGAGCAGUCGUCUUCCAUGGACGACGUUAAGCGACGUAGAUGCAUUCGCGUGGACAUCGCGUCGAGGUCCAUGGACGAGGUGCAUUAUAUGAAAUUCAGCAAGGCGCGUCGUGUGUCCUUCGCGAACAAGAAUCGUCACAAAUUCAGCGAUUGGAUUUGCCUGGAUGGCGACGUUACCUUGUCGAAGCGAGCGUACACAAUUUUAUCUUACCUGGCGUAUGAAACGGUUGCUCAAAUUGUCGAUCUCGCCUUCUUGGUCCGGCAAGAUCAAGGUAAAAUGCACGGCGACGCCAUAGACCGGCAACGACUGAAUUAUGUUAAUCCAUUUACAUUCAAGCCGCGCUAUCAUAGUAAGAAUUUCGUAAUGAAACCGCUGACUCCUUCGGAGAUAACUGAGGCCCUUAGGAGGUAUUGGUCCCCACAGCUAGAUAUGACGGGGCCGUUUAAUAGAUGGUCCAUGAGAAGACCACACUUGAAACUCCUUUCAUGUUAGAUAUAGAGAUCUGAAGAAGGCUUUCUGCUUAGGAUCGGACUGGACCCACCGCCAAUAUUUCUUAUGAGAUUCCUCAGUGUCUUUGGAUUUUCCAGUAACGGCG